GUUUCUGCUUAAUGUUCCAUUCUGGCUACGAUGUACCAACAGGCGCCCCGGGCUCGGGAUAAGCUUCCGUAAUCUAAAUCGUAAUUUGGCUACCUUUGCUACCUUUCCUUCUGGGAAUAACGGGUAUAUUUACAGAAAAUACACCAAAGUGUUUGACAAGGGUUGUACAUAGCUUAUUAAAGUCAUUUUACUUCGUUAAUUAUAGGUCGCUUUGUAAGGGCAGCAGCUACGGUUAAUCUGCACGACUUCUAAUAUAUCAUAUAUAAAGGUAUAUAUUUUUAUUAAGGAUACAAAUUGAUGUCUACCUUCACAACUCGAAAAUGGCAGGUGGUGGUAGUGCGUUGAAUAAGAUAUUUCCUGGCUACAAGGAUAAGCUGUGGAACAAGAUGCCGCUUGACUGGCGCUUAAAUAAGAUCAGGCGCUGGAAUGCAGCGACUGUGAGAUCUAUGUUUGAUAUUUGCGUUACCACAAACGCUAAGAUCAAAAGUUUUAACAAGUUUAUUUUGGAUCCUCUUAAACCAUCGUAUGAAUAUCGUCAGACCGCGGUUGACUACAAAAAGCAACGGGCCCGUGGUACUCUUAUUGAGGGUGUUGAUUAUUAUUUGCCCACUGCUCGUGCGCAAAAUCGUUUAGCUAAUUUUUUCGAGCCGUACACAGAGGACGAAAAUGAGGAUCGUGCAAAAUACCGCUACCAGAGCUUGAAGACGUAUAUAUUUGUCGCUUUCGGUGCAACCAUGUUACACAACUGGUAUCAGACCCGUCCAAUCGCAUGGUGUUCUGAUAUCAAUCCCCCAAGGGCACCUUAUUACCCAUUUUGGUUCAAGGGUCCUUUCCACGGUCAUGACAUAGGGAGCGUGCGAAGGGGUUAUGAGGUCUAUAGACAGGUUUGUGCUACGUGCCACUCUAUGCAAUAUUUGCGCUUUCGGCACUUGGCAAAUGAGGUUUACCCGGAAGAACGUGCCAAGGAAAUUGCCGAGGAAUAUGAAGUACAGGACGGCCCAAACGAUGAGGGUGAAAUGUUUAUGCGUCCUGGUAUAUUAACAGAUCCCUUUCCAUCACCAUAUCCGAACGCCGAAGCCGCGCGUUACGCUAAUGGUGGUGCAAUUCCCCCGGAUCUAUCAUUGAUGGCGUCUGCGCGCAAGACCGGGCCAGACUAUCUUUUCGCUCUUCUCACCGGAUACUGCGAUCCACCAGAAGGCAUUGAAUUGCGUCAAGGCUUAUACUUCAACACUUACUUUACGGGGGGAUCGAUCGCUAUGCCACCUCCUUUAGAGGAUGGUAUGGUCGAGUACGAAGACGGCACUCCGGCAACCGUUUCACAGAUGGCUAAGGAUGUUGUAAGUUUCAUUACCUGGGCAAGCGAUCCCAUGCACGACGAACGCAAAAAUAUGGGUAUGAAGUUGAUUUUGGGUUCUGUGCUAGGCACGGUAGCCAUGUCCCUGUGGUACCGUUUCUUCUGGGCAUACUUGGCCACAUCUCGCAUGGAUUUUGGCCGCGUGAAGCAUAUGAAAUAAUUUUUAUAGGCGAUUAUAGAAGUGA